AUACUGUUGAUAAUUCCUAGAUUCCCAAAAAAUUAUGAUUGACAGUGUUGCAAAGUAUCUAUGAAUAUAUCUCUGUUUGUCGAAAACUAGUAUAUUUUAAAUUUGAAAGUGCGGUCACGCUGCUACACGAAUUUGCAAUGGAAGACAAGUCAAAGCCCACAGAUGCGCCCAGUUGCAGUGCAGAUAGCGAGCCGUUAUUUCCGCCAGCAAAGCCCGGAAAAGCCGCCAAUUAUGGCACCAACAACACAUUGGAGCUCUUGGAGCGCAUUCCCAGUCAAAUCGUUGAUCUGAAGCUGGAUGAAGUGCUGACAGCCGUUAAAACCGUUGACAACCUUUGCGAUUUCGCACGCUGCAAGGCUAAAACAAGCUUGAUGGGCCAGGAUUGCGAGCUGUGCAAGAAACGUUUUUGCUUCAAGCACGGACUACCCGAGGUGCACGGUUGUGGCAUGGAAAAAAAGCGAGAGGCGCGCAAAGAGUUUCUCAACCCGAAACCCAUAAAGACCAUUCGCCAUGAGGAAGAACUGAAGAAUGCGAAAAAGAAGCUGAAUGAGAAAUUAAAAAACAUGCAAGUGGGUCGCAUGCAAAAAACUGGUGCAACAGACGGCAAAAAAAAGAAAAAGUAGUUGAAGAGUAAUGUAAUUAAAUUAUAUUAAAAUUGUUAGAAAUAAACACAAAACAA